AUGGUUCUGGGCCCUCGUCUGGCUUCACUCUCUUCCCCCACGGCCUUCACCUGCCCAGUACCGGGCUGCCAGCACAACGAGCACCACCCGCGCUUCCUCCCCAGUCUCAUCCCCUUCCCCUGUUCACGUCUACUGUUCUGCUCCUCUUCCUCUCCGCCCCCACCCCCCUUCAGCUCCUCCCCCACAGCCUUCACCUGCCCCGUGCCGGGCUGUCAGCACAACGACCAGCACCCGCGCUUCCGCCCGCUCAAGUCUCUCUCCUCGCUGCACACCCACCACCUCCGCGUGCAUGGUUCCAAGCCAUUCACUUGCUCCCGAUGUCAGGUCAAGUCCUUUGGCCUCCAAUCCGACCUGCGAGCACACGAGAAGCAGUGUGGUGUGAAGCGGUGGCACUGCUCCUGCGGGAACUCCUUCAGCAGAAAGGACAAGCUAGCCAACCACCUCAACACCUUCACCGACCACUCCCCUCUCUACAACCUCCAACCAGUCGACAUCCCCGUUCAGCCAAGGCAGAAGCAGCAGAAGAAGAGACAGCUUGAGGCACAGACGAUGCAGGUAGAGGCGCAGGCGAGGCAGCUUGAGGCGGGUAUAAAACAGGUAGAGGCGCAGGCGGAGCAGGCUGAAGCCCAGAGGAAGCAACUGGAAGCCCCUCCGAAAAACGCCAGGCACAUCAACCACGUGGCAUUCACGGGCCAAUCCCCUGCCAGUGCCAGUCACGUGGGGCGCUCUGUCAGCUGUGCUUCCGAGGGGACCCAUCCCUGGGGGCAAAACGCCGUGGAGAGGAACGCAUUGGAGAGGAGUGGCUCACAAGGGAACGAGGCGAGGAGUGGGUAUGUGUCGCUGCUGCUGCAAGAAGCGCAAGGGUUGGACCAGAAGUCUCCCUUGCAAGCAGAGGGUUUUGAGGGUUUUGAGCUCCGUGAACAGGCUCAGCACUCCCAGCAGUCGCAGCAGACCCAGCAGUCGCAGCAGACCCAGCAGACCCAGCAGACCCAGCAGACCCAGCAGACCCAGCAGACCCAGCAGACCCAGCAGACCCAGCAGACCCAGCAGGCCACAUUGAUGGACGAGACUCAUGCAUCCCCUGCUCUCGCCACCCUGCCAAUGAACACGCCUGUGCCACCCCUGCAAGCACCCAAGCCCCUGGGAAAAUGUGCCAUACCCUUACCGCAGCAACACACCUCCCCGGCCUUGCUGCAGCACCACCCCUCCCCGCCCUUGCCACAGCAACACUUGUCCCCACCCGCGCGGUCAGCACAGGUGCUUCCUCUGUCUCUGCCAACCCAGCUGCCCACACAGUCUGUCCCCGCUGCAGCCCCACUCCACCCUGCACAGUCAACGCAGUCAACACAGUCAACGUGGGCUAUGCAAUCCUCGCCGCCUGUGCAGCGCCUGCCAUCUGAACGGCCAGUGCAGUCAAUGCAGUCUACGCAGCGAAUGCAGUCAGCACAGUCCGUGCAGUCAAUGCAGUCAACGCAGCCAGUUCCACUUGCCACUUUAAGCGCCCCUUCGGUUCUCCCGGUGCUCCCUCCAACUGCCCAAGUGAUCCAUCCAGUUGUCCCCUCGGGAUUCCCUCCUUCCGAGCCUUUCCCUCCCCCCGAGCCUUUCCCUCCCUCCGAGCCUUUCCCUCCCUCCGAGCCUUUCCCUCCCUCCGAGCCUUUCCCUCCCUCCGAGCCUUUCCCUCCCUCCGAGCCUUUCCCUCCCUCCGAGCCUUUCCCUCCCUCCGAGCCUUUCCCUCCCUCCGAGCCUUUCCCUCCCUCCGAGCCUUUCCCUCCCUCCGAGCCUUUCCCUCCCUCCGAUCCUUUCCCUCCCUCCGAGCCUUUCCAUCCCUCCGAGCCUUUCCCUCCCUCCAAGCCUUUCCCUCCCUCCGAUCCUUUCCCUCCCUCCGAUCCUUUCCCUCCCUCCGAGCCUUUCCCACCCCAUGCACUGGCUGAGCCCACGGCUGAUCUGCCAAUGCUGGAUGCACACGCUCAUCUGUCGAGCUCUGAUGCUGACCUGUCAACAUUGAAUCACAAUGUUGACCUGUCAACAUCGAACUGUGAUGCUGACCUGUCAGCGCUGGAGGCGUCGUGUCGGGCGAUUAUUGGUUCGGGGAAGAAUGAAGCCCUCGAGAAUUCGUGUCAGCUGAUCCUCUUGGCACUGCUGCAGCAGCAGCAGCAGCAGCAGCAGCAGCAGCAGCAGCAGCAGCAGCAGCAGCAGCAGCAGCAGCAGCAGCAGCAGCAGCAGCAGCAGCAGCAGCAGCAGCAGCAGCACUUACAGCAGCGGACAGUCGGGGGAAUAUCGCUCGAGGAGCUUUUUCCCGAGCUGCAAGACAGCUUCUGA